GGAGUGUCAUCAACAAGCAUGUUCGACAUCAGCUUCUUUAUAAUGUGCUGCCUAGCUAGUGUGAUAUAACACCGAAACGAAUGUGGACGACUAUAUUCGCAUAUGGUUUGUGCCACUGCAAGCCACCAGCAGAUGAGUUGCGUCAUGAAGCUGUUGCUGAUUCAACAUGGCGAUUUCUGUCAUGGCCGCGCAAUGCUCCCCCUCGCUCCCUUCCUUCUGCGCGCGCUGAGUUCCGGCCCCAGGGUGAGCCGUAGCCUUCGGGAGAGCUACCAGCUGCUCCAGCUCCAGCUUCCGGAUGAGGGCGAGAGCAGCCCAGCACAGGUGAAAGAGGCCUACCUACGCAUGGCCAAGCUCUACCAUCCAGACACAGGAGCGGCCACGGCGGACCAGGCGCUGUUCGCACGGGUAGAGGAGGCCUACCGCGCCGUGCUGGUGCACCAGUCCCGGCUUCAGAGCCGCGGGGGAUCGGCGGAGGAAGACGAGGAUGAGAAGAUGAGAGGCGCGGCUCCUCAGCACCGCCACUACCUGAGCUAUGAGGGUGUGGGCUUGGGGACUCCCAGCCAGCGCGAGCGACAGUACCGCCAGUUCCGCGUGGACCGGGCGGUGGAGAAGGCGCUGGACUACCGGCAGAAGGAGCACCAGACCGUCGCGGCAGCCGAGGAGGGCGCUGUCCGGCAGCGAAGCCGUCAGAUCAAGCUGACGCAGGCGGUGGAGAGGCUGGUUGAAGAUCUCAUUCAGGAGUCCAUGUCCCGGGGGGACUUCCGCAACCUGAGCGGCGCCGGAAAGCCCAUCAACAAGUUUGAGCACAAUCCGUAUGCCGACCCCAUGACCCACAACCUCAACCGCAUCCUCAUCGACAACGGCUACCAGCCGCCCUGGAUCGUAAUGCAGCGCGACAUCAGGGAGGACAUAGCAAAGGUCAGGGAGAAGCUGGAGCAGGGUCGGGCGAGGCUCUCAGACCCGUCGACUCCCAGGGAGCACGCUCAGUGGCAGAGGCUGUGCGGGGAGGCGGGGGAGGACCUGAAGAAGCUCAAUAAGACGGUGGACAACUUCAACCUGAUCGCGCCCAUGCUGAGCAUGCAAAUGGUCCACUUCAGUUUGGAGCGCGAGAUCGCCCGCGCCGGGAAAGCAGCCCUCCAGGGAAGACGGGAGAGGAAGAGGGAAAGAGAAAGGGAGUGGGAGGAGCAGAGAAGAGAAAGGGAAAGAGAGAGAGAGAAGAGAGAGGAAACUAAAACAUCAAAAGGCUCUGGCCAGCUUGGAUUGAUAGCACGGGUUCUCAGUUGGCUAAAAUAAACGAUGCAAUAAAAUGAGCCGUGACAUCACACGUUAUCCUGAGGAUACAUUGCAGUGUGGCGUUUAAAGGGUUAAUUAGCAGUGGUGGUAAAGAAAUGCAUUGUUACAUAUUGUGAUAUUACAUUUGCCAAUAUCAUAUAUUGCACUACUUGACUGCAUUUGUUCCUUCAUUGCUUAUUCUUCGGGGUUUCCAGGCAAAAUAGCUUUCAGCCCUUUUAUUUUUGAUUGGUCGAAAUAUAUUGAUUUAUUAAAUAAUGCAGACAUGUUUAGAACAUAAAAUCUUAAUCAAAUCUUAGUAUAGAAUCUCAAUACAUAUAGAACUUAAAAGUGCAAUAUAUAUCAUUUAGGGCUUGGAACUGGCUGGUACAUCAUGAUGCAGUGUUGUAACUGUUGAGGUGUGCUGUAAUGUGUAAUGUUUCAGGAUAUCCUCUUUUUUAGCACUUCAUAAUCUUAGCAUUAAAACAUAUGUUGUGUUCUAUCUGGGAGAACCUAUUUGUUAUCGAUCUUACAAGACCAAGUGAACUCCAAAGGCUUAUCUUCUGCAUACACCAGGAAUGGAUGAGCAAAUAAAUAAAACAUUUUCUUGAGUGUAUGAGA